GGCGUCCUCCAAACCAAGAGCUUCCAAUGAUUUUCCGAAGGCCCUCUUUCGUUCCUUCGUUCUCGCGCUUCCUCCAAUUCUCCAGCGGGUUUCACAAGCCGGCGGCGAACGCCGGAGCCCCCUCCACCCACGGAAUCCACGUCUUCCACUGCCCGGAUGAAGUGGGGAUCGUUGCGAAGCUAUCCGAAUGCAUUGCAUCCCAUGGCGGCAACAUCCACAGCGUCGACGUCUUUGUCCCCGAUAACAAGCCAGUCUUCUACUCCAGAAGUGAAUUUGUGUUUGAUCCUGCUCGGUGGUCGAGAGAUGCUUUGGAGAAUGAUUUUCGGAAGUUGGGGAAGCUCUUCAAUGCAGAGAGAUCGGUUGUUCGCGUUCCUGAUCUAGAUCCAAACUAUAAGAUUGCAGUGUUUGCGUCAAAGCAGGAUCAUUGUUUAGUUGACUUGCUAUACCGAUGGCAAGAGGGAAGACUCCCAGUGGAUAUCAAUUGUGUGAUAAGCAACCAUGAUAGAGCUUCAAAUAAUCAUGUUAUUCGUUUUCUUGAGAGCCAUGGGAUUCCAUAUCAUUACUUGCCAAUAACUUCAGGAAACAAGAGAGAAGAGGAGAUUUUGAAUUUAGUUGCAGAUACUGAUUUCCUUGUGCUUGCUAGAUAUAUGCAGGUAUUUUCUGGAAGAUUUUUGGCAGCAUAUGGUAAAGACGUAAUUAACAUCCACCAUGGUCUUCUCCCAUCUUUCAAGGGUGGCCAUCCCUCCAAACAGGCAUAUGAUGCUGGGGUGAAAUUGAUUGGUGCCACAACUCACUUUGUUACCGAAGAACUUGAUGCGGGUCCAAUUAUAGAACAAAUGGUUGAAAGGGUUUCUCACAGAGAUACCUUAGAAAGCUUUGUACAAAAAUCUGAGAACCUGGAGAAGCAAUGUCUGGCACAAGCAAUUAGAUCAUAUUGUGAGCUUCGGGUGCUCCCUUACGAAUCUAACAGAACCGUUGUAUUCUGACAAUUGGUGUCCGGUGUGGGAAUAUGUACAUUACAUUAUUUAUUAUUUGCAUGAAAAAGAAACUUGCUUUAUUUGCUCAUUUGGUCACCACUGGUAUUCUUUCAUUCUAUAACUUCAUGACUUCACAGGUAUCAUAGUGGCAAUAUGGUUGUUCUUAGUUGCCUAAGGAAGGUACUCACUUGAUCAUUAACUUAGCUUUUCAUAUGUGCAGGUAGACAUGAGCUCUUAAAAUAUUUGUUCUUUACUUUUUCAUACACAUUUUUCUUCUCUUCAUUGUGGUGGCAAAACUAGCCAUACAUUAGGUCUCUUUCACCAAGGUUCAAGAACUCAAAUGAUUUCUCUACUUGUUCUGUUCCUCUGCUUAUCUCAUACACUUGUUGAAGCAAGUUCUGUACUCCUUCCACCCAUUUCUGCUUGCAGAUCUGGUUCUCACACUCAAAGAUCAGAAGACCUUGAGCUGUUUUCAGUGCGAAGGAGCAACCAUCUUCAGCAGUCCGUUUCACUGGUGCCAACCGUGCAGGAACCUCAUCAUACACCGCAUAGACAACAGCUGAUCAUCACAACAGCGCAAAGUCACCUUCUUUGCACCAGAUAUCCGGGCUGCUCAACUGGCUCUUCUCAUAAGCAUUUUAGCAUUCUGAAUUUCCCACCUGUAGCUGCUGCUGCAGUGAGUGUCAUGAGGUCUCCAGGAGUUCUAACAUCGACGGCCGAUCUAACAGCCGAGGCCACCAAGUCAUGCUCCGCACCGGCUUGCUCUGCAAUCUCUAUACAAUGUGAUGCCAAGAGCUCUGUUGCAGAGGCUAGCACUGAACUCAUUUUCGAGCUUUCGUUUUCCAGGCUCACACUUGCAGCCAAGGCGGCCACUGCUGAUGCUACUCCGGCGACACUCACCGCCGCAUGAAUGCGCGCCUUCUCUGCUCUUGCUCUCUCUUUGCUCUUCACUUUGCACCUGUUAGUCUCUCUAUUGUGAAACCAUUUUUUUGCAGUUGAGUGCCGGGCUACAAGUGAAUUAACCACAUUGGAUA